AUAAAUUAUUACAACCAACAAAAAAAAAAGCUUCGUGUCUCUCUUCUCCAAAAAUGACGAACUACGGGGCGAUUCCGACGUCGUCUCAUCCAUCACCGGCGAUAGAUCUCGAAUACAUCUCACGCGCCAAACACCGUAUAAAAUCCGGUCUAGCUACGCGCCGCCCAUGGAAAUCAAUGUUCGAUUUCGAAUCAAUGACUCUCCCUCACGGUUUCUUCGACGCGAUCUCGAGGAUCAAAACGAAUCUCGGCUAUUUCAGAGCUAAUUACGCCAUCGGAGUUCUCUUCAUCCUCUUCCUAAGCCUUCUAUAUCACCCAACCUCGUUGAUCGUGUUAUCAAUCUUGGUCGUCUUCUGGAUCUUUCUCUAUUUCCUCCGUGACGAGCCUCUUGUUGUUUUUGGUUAUCAGAUUGAUGAUCGGACGGUUCUUAUUGGUUUAUCGGUUUUGACGGUUGUGAUGCUUUUGUUGACUCACGCUACUUCGAAUAUUCUGGGAUCUUUGUUAACCGCCGCCGUGUUGGUUCUGAUUCAUGCGGCGGUUAGAAGAAGUGAUAAUUUGUUUCUUGAUGAAGAAGCUGCGGCGGUUACUGAAGCUUCAGGGCUGAUGUCAUACCCUUCGUCGUAAAUCCAAAAAUUUGUUUUUUUUUUUUGUAUGUUACUGAGUUUGGUGCGAUUUGAGAAAACUUGACAUGUUCUUCUACUUUGUUCAAUUUGUUGACAACAGUACAAUUUUUGAGUAUGUUUUGUUGGUUAAUUACGUUAUUACAUGAUUAGCACUACAAACACUAAUCACUUUGGAUAAAGC